AUGUCAUCCAUCGACCGACCUUCUGCAACGUCAGCCAACGACCGAACGUCUUCGCCCGUCUCCAACAUCGACGCACCCACAACAUAUGUGGAUAGAGCCUCGUCACCGGUCAAUGAAUUUGCAGAAGAUUAUCUGAAGAAACUUCUAGAGUACGAAGAAUGCCUAUCCAUCGCAUUAGCCAGGAUCUACAACCUAGAAGGACGACUUGCUGAAUGCAUGCAGGCGGCGUGGCGGGACGAAGGCUUUCGAAGAGAAUAA